UGGUGACGCAUUGCGGCUCGGAGUUGAGCCACGGUCGGCGCGUGAGUGUGGGGACGCCGCGGCAUUGACGACACCGCUUGAGUUCACCAGUCGCUUAAAUCAUUACCUCAACAUGCUUCAUGACAAGAGAAAAAUUUCCUCCACUGCUGCGUUUAAAGCAUAGCUUGUAAAGAUGGCAGAGGCGAGACGGAGGUGAGCUCCGGAUAGCGCUCGCUCUACUAAUCGCCUGCGGCGUGAAUCCGAUUGAUCCGCUUCUUCUUGUGGAUCGUUUGGGAUCGAUAAGAUUUUGGGAAACGCGGGAUCAUGACAACCGGACAGGACGAGAGUUCAGUUCGCGUCGCGCUGAGGAUUCGUCCCCAGCUGGCACGGGAGAAGAUAGAGGGAUGUCACAUCUGUACAUUUGUGACCCCUGCUGAGCCCCAGGUAAUUCUGGGAAAGGACAAGGCCUUCACGUUUGACUACGUGUUUGACAUGGACACCAACCAGGACAACAUCUACGCUAACUGCACAGAGAAGUUGAUAGAAGGCUGCUUUGAGGGCUAUAAUGCCACUAUCUUUGCCUAUGGACAGACUGGUUCGGGGAAGACAUACACGAUGGGCACUGGCUUUGACGUGAGCAUACCAGAAGACGAGCUGGGCAUCAUCCCGCGAGCAGUCAGUCACCUUUUCAAAGGCAUCGAGGAGAGACAGCAGGCAGCAAAAGAACAAGGACGCCCAGUGCCCGAGUUCAAGAUUAAUGCUCAGUUCCUGGAGUUGUAUAAUGAGGAGGUUCUGGAUCUCUUUGACUCCACGCGUGAUAUGGAGUCCCGAAAGCAGAAAUCUCACAUUAAGAUCCAUGAAGACGCCAGCGGCGGCAUUUAUACUGUAGGAGUGACCACACGCACUGUUUCUUCAGAGGCUGAAAUGAUGCAGUGUUUGAAGCUGGGCGCUCUCUCACGCACCACAGCAAGCACUCAAAUGAACGUACAGAGCUCUCGCUCACAUGCCAUCUUCACCAUCCACCUGUGCCAAGUGCGCAUGUGCACACCUUCAGACAAUAAUGCCAAUGAGACUGAUAACCGGCUGGCCGAUGGCUCGUCUGACAUGGAUGAGUUUGAGACACUAACAGCAAAGUUCCACUUUGUGGAUCUGGCAGGUUCGGAGCGGCUGAAGAGAACCGGCGCCACUGGGGAAAGAGCCAAAGAGGGCAUCUCCAUCAACUGUGGACUGUUGGCAUUGGGGAAUGUCAUCAGUGCCUUAGGAGACAGAAGCAAACGAUCAACACAUGUGCCUUACCGGGACUCCAAACUUACUCGCCUUCUCCAGGAUUCUUUAGGCGGCAACAGCCAAACAGUGAUGAUAGCCUGCAUAAGUCCAUCAGACCGGGACUUCAUGGAGACACUGAACACCCUGAAGUAUGCUAACCGAGCGCGUAACAUUAAGAACAAGUUGGUGGUGAAUCAGGACAAAGCCAGUCAGCAGAUCAGCGCCCUGAGGACAGAGAUCGCACGGCUGCAAAUGGAGCUCAUGGAGUACCGUACGGGCAAGCGUAUGGUUGGUGAAGACGGACUGGAGAGCAUCAAUGACAUGUAUCAUGAGAACUCCAUGCUGCAGAUGGAGAACCAGAACCUACGUGUGCGUGUCAAAGCCAUGCAGGAGACCAUCGACGCCCAGCGAGCUCGCCUCACUCAGCUCCUCAGUGAUCAGGCUAAUCAGGCUCUUGCUAAAGCCGGGGAAGGCAGUGAGGAAAUUGGGAAUAUGAUACAGAACUACAUCAAAGAGAUUGAAGAUUUGAGGGCAAAAUUGUUGGAAAGUGAGGCAGUGAAUGAGAAUCUGAGGAAGAAUCUGUCCCGAGCAUCCAAUAGGUCAUCUUUCUACGGAGGGUCUGCAGCUUUCUCUCUCGGUCCUGACCCGUCCCAAGAGACCGCUGACAUCAUUGAACUGGCUAAGAAGGAUCUGGAGAAACUGAAGAGGAGAGAGAAGAAGAAAAAGAGAAGGCUCCAGCAGCUGCUGGAGGAGAGGAGAGUGGAGGAGGAAGAGGAGAUGGAGGUGGAGGCAGUCAGUGCUGUAAAGGAAGAAUUCCCUGAUAAUGAGCAAGAGAAGGGGAACGAGAGAGAGCAGCUCGAGCCAGCGAGUGAGGAGGCAGAGCAGGAGGCCCAGGAAGGCAGUGAUCAUGAGGAGGCUGAGGAAGAAGAGGAGGAGGAGGAAGAUGAGGAAUUGGAUGCUGAUGAGAGUUCAGAUGAUUCAGACUCAGAGUUGGAUGAGAAAGAGAACUUCCAAGCAGACCUGGCCAACAUCACAUGUGAGAUUGCCAUCAAGCAGAAGCUAAUUGAUGAGCUGGAGAACAGCCAAAGACGUCUUCACACCCUCAAACAGCAAUAUGAGCAAAAACUCAUGAUGCUGCAGAGCAAGAUUCGGGACACACAGCUGGAGAGAGAUCGUGUGCUGCAGAACAUGGGCACCAUGGAGUCCUGUACCGAGGACAAGGCUAAGAAAAUAAAGGCAGAGUAUGAGAAGAAAUUGGGUCUCAUGAAUAAAGAACUGCAGAAACUACAAGCCGCCCAGAAAGAACACGCUCGCCUGCUCAAGAACCAGUCGCAGUACGAGAAGCAGCUCAAGAAACUCCAACAGGAAGUCGUGGAGAUGAAGAAAACCAAAGUGCGUCUGAUGAAGCAAAUGAAGGAGCAGCAGGAGAAGAACAGGCUGGCAGAGUCACGCAGGAACCGUGAGAUUGCCACACUGAAGAAGGACCAGCGAAAACAGGAGCACCAGCUGAAACUGCUUGAGGCCCAAAAGAGGCAGCAAGAGCUCAUCCUGCGCAGGAAGACUGAAGAGGUGACUGCUCUGAGGCGGCAGGUUCGUCCCAUUUCAGGAAAGAUGAACAGGAAGGUCCUCCUACCUGACACUGUACAGGACUCUGCCCACAGAAUGCCCAGCACACGCACACACACAGGAUCAGGAGCUCCAAAUGGAACCAGCAGACUGUACCAUCGCAGACCUGUGGGGAUUUACUCUACCCGCGUAGCACGGGUUAAAUGGCAGAGUCUGGAACGACGCAUCUCUGACAUCAUCAUGCAGCGCAUGACUAUCUCCAACAUGGAGGCAGAUAUGAAUCGCCUUCUUAAGCAACGGGAGGAUCUGACACGGCGGAGAGAUAAGCUUAGCAGGAAGAAGGAGAAGAUUGCUGCUGAGGGCCCUGAAGCUGAAAAAGCUGUACAGUCUCUGAACGAGGAAUUGGAGUCCCUGUUGGCCAACAUCGACUACAUCAACGACAGCAUUGCUGACUGCCAGGCCAACAUCAUGCAGAUGGAGGAGGCGAAGGAGGAGGGUGAGACGAUGGAUGUUUCAGCUGUGAUCAGCUCCUGCACCCUUUCAGAGGCCCGUUUCCUCUUGGAUCAUUUCAUGUCCAUGGCUAUCAAUAAGGGGCUACAGGCAGCCCAGAAGGAGUCUCAGAUCAAGGUGAUGGAGGGCCGGCUCAAGCAGACUGAGAUCAACAGCGCCACUCAGAAUCAGCUGCUAUUCCACAUGCUGAAGGAGAAGGCUGAGUUUAAUCCAGAGCUGGAUGCACUGCUUGGGAACGCUCUGCAAGAGCUAGGUAACAUGCCUGUGGAGAAUGAAGAUGACAGUAGCAGUGAUGAAUCAACACAGAGUCCUGCAGCAGAUGGAAACACCAUGGCCACUGACCUCAUGAAGCUCUGUGGUGAGACCAAGUCCAGGAGUAAGGCUCGCAGAAGAACCACUACACAAAUGGAGUUGCUCUAUGCAAACAGCUGUGAGCCUGGCCUUGACGCACCCAGUGGAGAAUUCACCAGCCCUCUCCCCCCGAUGGCUGAAACACCCGAAGGUGGCACAGAUGAGUCUUUGAGCAGUACGCUCAGGGACUACAUGCUCCCUGCUGCUGCCUUAUCCUCUAGAAUGGGUGGCAUAAACUCUGGCUCCAGACCUCCGUCAGGGCUGGAAAAGCGAGUGCCGGAAGCCUCACCUCUGACCCGCAGGAAGACCUAUGACAAGGGACAAGCAGCAGCCGACAGGGCUAAAGCCCAAGAGAUCAAACAAGGAGUGAUAAACCCAGUACCUGCGCUGAAGAGCAAUCGCGGGGGUACUCUGCAGUGUGUGCAUGUGGCUGAGGGCCACAGCAAAGCCGUGCUGUGUGUCGACUCCACUGAUGACCUCCUCUUUACUGGAUCUAAAGACCGUACGUGUAAGGUGUGGAAUCUGGUGACUGGGCAGGAAAUCAUGUCUCUGGGUGGCCAUCCCAACAACGUGGUGUCAGUACGCUACAGCUCCAGCUUAGUCUUCACCGUCUCCACUUCCUACAUCAAAGUGUGGGACAUCCGUGACUCGGCAAAGUGCAUCCGCACCCUCACAUCCUCUGGUCAGGUGAGCACAGGCGAUGCGUGUGCAGCUAACACCAGCCGCACAGUGACUACAGCUGCUGGAGAAAACCAGAUCAACCAGAUUGCCCUCAACCCUACAGGCACAGUGCUGUACGUGGCAGCUGGCAACUCCGUCCGCAUGUGGGACCUCAGAAGAUUUGUCUCAACAGGAAAACUUACAGGUCAUCUAGGCCCAGUCAUGUGUUUGACUGUGGAUCACUCUGGCAACGGCCAAGAUCUGGUCAUCACCGGCUCCAAGGAUCAUUACAUCAAGAUGUUUGAUGUAACAGAAGGAGCUCUAGGCAGCAUCAGCCCUACGCAUAACUUCGAGCCUCCACACUAUGAUGGGAUCGAGUCGGUGGUGGUGCAGGGAGACUGUCUGUUCAGUGGCUCCAGAGACAAUGGAAUCAAAAAAUGGGAUCUGGCUCGCAAAGACCUACUGCAGCAAGUCCCUAACGCUCAUCGGGACUGGGUGUGUGCGCUGGGCGUCGUGCCAGGUUCUCCUGCCCUGCUGAGCGGCUGUAGAGGAGGAGUGUUGAAGCUCUGGCACACAGACACACUGAGCGCGCUGGGGGAACUCCGGGGACACGAGAGCCCUAUCAACAGCAUUUCCACUAACAGCAGCUUAUUGUUUACUGCGUCUGAUGAUCGGACAGUGAAGAUCUGGCGUGCGAGAGGAGGUCUGGACACCACUGACAUGACUGAUGUUACCGAUGAACCUGGCAGCAACUGACUGUCCUCUCACGUCUCAUGUGGCUAACUUCUCCUUGUACUCUGCCCUCACCCACUAAAACAGGACCCCUGAUGGAUACCAACACAGAAGAAGAAUGCCUGAAUAAAAAAGUGGAUGUAAACAGACUGGAAUCUGCUACUUCACCACAGCCACUUUCUCUUGUGUGGUCUCUAAAUGUGUCUUAAUUGCGCAUCAAUGCUAUGGAAGAUAGCUAAAGCAAAUCUCAGUACAAAGUAAAGCACCUUUAGACUCUGCAGCUUCUACAUAUUGAUCCUGAUUAACCACUGGGAGAACCCUGCUGCACUGGGGUUUAGUUGUAUGUGAGGAGAGAAGGAACCGGACUGUCUGUAGCUGGCUUCAGUAGGCCGGUUCUCUGAGCUCAUAUCUGAACUCGUGCUUCUAGACCUUUGCACAAGCACUGGGCGCUUUACACACGAUGCAUACUGAAUAGCUGUAGCUUUGCAUUAAGUGGACUAACUGGAAUCACCAUGCCUUUAAAUUUCUGUCUAUAUAUUCGAGCCUGAAAAUCAUUGGUGACCGAAGUAUGGAGCUCAGCUGUACUACAAUCAUUAACUUAUUAACAAAUCCAAUAAUAAUGCAUUCUGUAGAUAUAGAAUGUUUCUCUCUCCUACUCUCUUUGUCUUAAGCCGUACUCAAGCUGGAUUAGUUUUACUUGUGAAGGUACUCUAAUUUAUUUUCAGACUGUCCUAAACGUACUGUCAAGUUAAAAUGAUCUUAACUGGUAGAGAGAUCGCUCUGCCAAGAUGAACCUGAUGAUCAAGCACAUUACCUUCUGUGUUUCGUCAAACAUAGCUCUCCCUCAGUAACACUAGUCCUUUAGGUAAUAUAAUAACUAAACCAGAUAGAAGUGGGCUAUGUUAUUGUUAUUGGGUGCUGUGCCUGUGGCAUAAUUCUGACAUGGAUAUCUGGGAUAUGACAUGUCAAUCCUGACUCUCUAUGGUAAUUAGGAAAAUUACACAGUUGCUUUAUCCUGACCAAACAAAUCCCUUAAAAUUACAUUACCUACUUAAAUAAAACAAGUCCAGCCCACUAUGCCUAUUUUCUUAAUCUUUCUCUCUGCUCUUGUGUUAAAUGUCCUUGCUGCCUUCUUGUUAACACCUGGCUGAGGUCGUACUAGCUUUGACACCUAGAUACACUUACUAGUUCCUGUACUGUGUGUAUGUAUGCUGAUAUAAGAGGAGUGCAGUGGUCUCUGUGUGCUGGUGUACAUAUCCACCUGCUUCUGUUUCUGUCACAUUCGUUCAGGUUCAUCUGUGGCAUAAAUACAUAUAUAGCCUGAGUAAUGUUGAUGUAUGUAGUUACAGUAGAUAACUCCAGUACAUUGUGCAAUCAUGUCUUAGUUUGUAGCUAACUAACAAACAGGGAAGCCCUUGGCUUAUAAUCAGAAACAGUAGACAGGGAUUUGAGAAUGCUGAUUAGGAAUGACUCUGCAGUAUAUCAGUUUAAACCUUCUCUUACUGAAGGACAGAACUGUGUGGUGGUGGUUUGAGUUAUUCUGCUCACUGGAUGUGUUUAUGAUGUCCUGGUUUUUCGCUGGGUUUGUAGCUGACUGACAUGUUAGCUAAAUGUCAGAUGCCACAUAAAUUAAAUGCCAUCUGGCAAAAUCCCACGCCAGUGUGCAUGUGUUAGUUUUUGUAAGGGCAAAUCUGAGGGACUGAAAUUUGACCCACUGGACACUGCAAAUAGCUUCUACCAAGCUGUUGUGGGCAUUUGUGUGGCCCAAACCAGGGCUUUGCAGUGGAGUCGUGCCUAAUCCUCGUGUGAGCUCUGCGGCGGUAAACCAUUUUGUCCACUGGAGGGAGGUCUUGUACUGCUGUUCCUCUAACACUCUAGAUGGUCUUUUCAAAUCUAAUCUAAUAUAGCCUUUAUUCGUGUGUGAGUCUGGCUUAUACUUGAAGAAUCAGCCCUGUGGACACUUUUAUUCUUUUGUAAGAAUCUGUGUUAUUCAUCAGUGUGCAGGUGCUUGUCUCCUGUCUCGCUUGGCUCUCAGUAGUAUCAUAACGUGGCUGCACCUGGGUUCAAGACAGUGUAGUGGCUGAAUAAAAAGCUAGACUGUCGUUCUGCGCCGACUGCUCGUUCUAUGGCACAGUCCUCAUAACAAAAGCAUGAACAUCAUGGCGAAGGUGAAAUUUAUCACCUCAAUGCACUUGUGAGAACUUUAUUCUCUUUGAAGAUAUUUUUCAUUCCUGUCUGAAUGGCAAUGUCAAAAUGCAUCUGACCCAUCAACAUGGUUUAACUCAUCUGUGUAAGUGAAUUAUUUAUGACGAAAGUAUAAAUGGCAUUUUCUCUGGUAGAAGUUGCUCCAUGCUGUCAAAGUUGUCUCAUCUUCUCUGCAUUUUUUUUAUCUUCUGUGCAUUCUUGUCAUUUUGGCUCGUGCUACUCUUAAGUUUGCUUUGCAGUUCUGAAUAAAAGAUGACAAAACUAAUAA